AAUGGACACGGACGGUGCAAGCAUUUUCUCAUUUUUCUAUUUAAACGUGUAACAAAUAGGGCUGCAAGUUAGCAAGCUGCAAGCAUUUCGAGAAAAGCACUGUAUAUAAGGGCGUUGAUUGGACGCGAGAAAUUGUCAGUUUCUCUAAUUGAUAGUACAACGUGAUUAGAUAGUAUUUACUUAAAAAGAGAUAUAGGGUGAAAAAAAAAAAUUUUACAAUUUUAUCAAAAAAAUCAGGAUAAAGAGACUCGGUUCUAAUUUCAUAGCAGAAAAAUUACAACAUAUGAGUUAUAUAUGCGUAUAUGAGCAGUAAAAGCCAAUCGGAUCUCAGCAUCGAAGAAUGUCCAAUAGAAAUAGAUUGCUUACCCCAGCUGCCCCAACAACUUACCCUUACGCUCUUACCAAAAAGGCACUCAACAAAUCAAAAAUUUAAAGAGACAUACUUGUGGCGGGACAAUGUCAGAAUCAGAAAUCAGAACCGGUCAGCCCGUCAGCCGUUAUCUAAUUGGAAACAAAACAGUGUAAAGUGUAAAGUCAAUUCGUAAAACAAUAAAAAUCCAUAGAAUAAUAAAUUGCGCUAAUGAAAGUGUAAAAUUACAGUUCGAAAUUAGAUCUCUUCGCGAGUCAUGUUAGUGAAUCGUAAUACAAGCGUACUUCGAACCGAAUUUUUUUCUAACCUACGAGACAUUCAUUUAAGCCUCGUAAAUGGAAAAUUUAGGUGAUAAAUCAUCCAAUUCGCAUAAGGACGAAGUAGCAGUUCUGUGCUCGAACAAUAAUAACAACAAUGCUAAUAACGAAUCGCAAAUACCUUACGGUGAAUGCACGCCUCAAAAUGCAUCGGAAAAUAGACCCAUCGACAAUUCCAUAUUCAACACUAUUUCGAAAAUUGUUAAUCCUGCUACUAAGGUACCAGAGAUUCAUGAUUUUAAGAUCGUUAAGCCGAUAAGCAGAGGAGCAUUUGGCAAGGUGUUUCUUGGUCAUAAAAAAACAAAUCCGGACCAAGUAUACGCCAUAAAAGUGAUGAAAAAGAAUGAGAUGAUACACAAAAACAUGGCUUCGCAGGUGGUGAUAGAACGCAAUGCGCUGGCAUUGACACGAAGUCCGUACUGCGUACAAUUGUUUUAUUCGCUGCAAUCGGUUAGUUGCAUAUAUUUGGUAAUGGAAUAUAUGGUUGGGGGGGAUUUAAAAAGUUUGUUGGGAUAUUACGGUUACAUGGAGGAGAAAAUGGCAGCUUUUUACACGGCAGAAGUGUGUCUGGCCUUAGAAUAUCUUCACAAGCACGGGAUUGUCCAUCGGGAUCUGAAGCCCGAUAAUAUGUUGUUGUCACACGAAGGUCAUGUCAAAUUGACGGAUUUUGGUCUGAGUAAAAUAUCAACGAUGCAUAGGGAUUUGGAGAUUUCGGAUUUGGUUAAUUGCACGCCGAGUCUGUUGGCACGAACACCUGGACAAUUGCUCUCGUUAACGUCUCACUUGUCUUUUGGUUCCGGCCAAAAGUCGACGAGCAACUCGAACCUCUUGGAGGACUCGAGUGAGCGCAGUAACCCAGCAAUUAAUUUAUUGCCAGCAUUGCAAUUUAAUUCCAAUCAUAAUUCCCAUUUGUCUUUAAAUUCAUUAGCAUCAACGGAUGCAGCAUCGCCCAAUUAUUCUCGUGUUUCUGGUGUGACGCCUUUCCAUUCGGCGGAAGAUAUUUGCCACGCGAUUUCGUCCGACGAGGAAACUCAAAACAUCGUCGUUCCCGAAGAGAGCGAUGUUUGCGACACGACCGAUAGUUUUCAUACCUGCGAGGCCUCAUCUCUGAAACAAUCGACGACAAGCGUAUCGGUCGGAAAAACUUCUGAAGAAGAGUCAACCCUCGAAGCGGACAACACGCAGCCUCAUAUCUGCCACACCAGCCCUCUCAGCACAUGUGCAACUUCCUUCGUUCGGGGUACGAAGAGAAAACGCGCGGCGAUGUCCGGGGCGACGGGUUUGACCCAGGAAAUAUCGAUCAUGGAGCUCGAAAGCAGCUGGACCCCGAAGCGUAAGAAUUGCGGCAACAUAUUUACGAAUCGAAGCCCAGGACUCACUUCUCAGAAUCUGAGCAAUAAAAAAAUCGACAAAUCGGCUACAGAAUUAGCCGAUGGGAAGCAAGAGUCCGGCUCGGGUGGACGCGUCGCUUUCAGCACUCCUGUUUCUUCCAUCAAGCAACGUAACCGCGAUGAUAUUAAAAAGCUUAUCAAAGCUGACAAGCCCCUGCUCAUUAAAUCCACGAGAUUCGAUCUGCCACCACCUCCCAAUACUUCACAUUCGGCGCCGGAUGUUCAUGCAGAAGUUACGACUGGCAAACAUCGAUCACCACAAGGUAUUUCGCCUAUCAAAACCCCAGCUCCGUCCUCGAGUAGUUACACUCCGUACAGGACACAGAAAUCCGUGAGGAGACGACCGCCGCAAAGUGGAAUGAACCGUUCGGACGAUCGGAUUCUCGGGACUCCCGAUUAUCUCGCCCCAGAAUUGUUACUUCGCCAAGGUCACGGACCAGCGGUAGAUUGGUGGGCUCUCGGUGUAUGUCUCUAUGAAUUUUGCACGGGUGUUCCACCCUUCAAUGAUGACACACCGCAGGCGGUGUUCGCCAAUAUACUAGCCCGCGAUUUACCUUGGCCCGAAGGAGAAGAGAUGCUCUCUGAAGCUGCCGUCAACGCAAUCGACGCGCUUUUAACUUUAGACCAAACCCUACGACCCUCGGCGAAUGAAGUUCGGAACAUGAGCUUUUUCCACGACUUCCCGUGGAACGAACCGCAGAAAGCGACUCCACCGUUCAUUCCACAGCCUGAUGAUAAUUAUGAUACUUGUUAUUUUCAAGCGAGGAACAUUCUGCAACACCUUAACGUCAGCAAUUGUGAAACCUAGUCCUCGGGAGGUUGUUCGUCAAUAAAUCAAGAUGUCAAACGUCCACCGAACCUGCGGGAGCCUUUUACUACGAUACGGAAUCCACGAAAGUUUCUCAAUCUCGAAUUAUCCACGAUGUAUCAAAUCUUUUUUAUACACGUUCGUAUGUAUAGUGAUAUAAAAUAUUUUCUUACGUUUUGUAA